ACACACAAGCAUUUCAAAAGAGAUCUUAUCAUCUCUUCACUCCACUUGGUGCUGCAUCACAUGAAUUGUGGCUUAGACUGGCUGCCUAAGACACUUAAAGAGAAGAAAUUUGGAUUCUUGUAUAAAAGAUUCUCCUUAUAUGUUCAGCAAGAGAGAUGGGACAGAGGGAGAGGUCUCUUUUUCAUAUAUCUUUUGGGAGGAGAGGGGAAGAGAUCCUCUAGAGGAAGAAAUUCUUCCUUUUUUUGGCAUUUUUAUUUGAAGGGGUUUUUACUCAGUUGGCCUUUUUAGGGCAGGGUGGAGCUUGGAUGAGAAGAGAACUAGUGAGACAAAAUUGGCUGAGAUCUUUACAUAACGAUCUGGGAAUUUUUUUUCUUUUUCUUUUCUUUGGUUUGCCGGUCUGCACGUGUUUUAACGGAUUGCUUUGGUUACUGCCUCAACCACUGAGAUCUGGAAUGUGCAUCUAAAGUUGUUAUAUAAGGAGCACCCAAUAGGAAGUUUGGACUGCUUGUGAGCAUGCUAUGGAGGAACCUCUCCUGUCGGCCCAUAAGUACCAUUUUCAGACAUACAAAAUUAAACCAUCAGAUGUGGGUCUUGAGCAGGAGGCUCAGUUAGUACGUGGGUGGAAAGGUUCGGUGCGUGGACAUAAUGGGGUUCCUGAGUCAAUGCCACCAAUUAAAUACCUGCACUUACAUGAAUCUGAUAGCUUCUCUAUGGGAAUUUUCUGUAUGCCUGCUUAUUCUAUCAUUCCCCUUCAUAAUCAUCCGGGCAUGACCGUGUUAAGCAAGCUUCUCUAUGGUUCCUUGCAUGUGAAAUCCUUUGAUUGGAUUGACAUCCCUGGGCCAUCUGAUCCGUCUGAAGCAAGACCGGCAAAACUCGCAAGGGACUGUGAGAUGACUGCUCCGACUGAAACAACAGUUCUCUAUCCAACUAGUGGAGGUAACAUACAUUGUUUCAAAGCUAUAACUCCCUGUGCCAUUUUUGACAUCCUUUCUCCGCCCUACUCCUCUGAGGAUGGACGGCAUUGCACAUAUUUCCGAAGGUCCCCAAGAGGAGAUCUGCCUGGUAGCCUUGAGGUGGAUGGAGAGACAAUCACUCACAUGACUUGGUUAGAAGAGUUUCAACCUCCUGAUAAUUUUGUGAUUCGGAGAGGACAGUACAAGGGCCGCGUUAUCAAAACUUAACCUUCAAAUUUUGGUGGGGUUAUUAGUUUUGUGAAUGAAUUGUGAGCUUCAUUUGAGCGCUUUUUUUAGGUGAAAUUUGCUAAUGUGUUAAAACUGUCAAAAUAAUCAACAAUUCAUUUUCUGUGCCAUAGAACUUUGGCAUUUGGAGUUGUACAUAUUAAUCAACUAGAUAUCCCUUUUAUAGAACACUCACCUUAUAUUAGUCGACAAACUUUUUGGUUGAGAUCUUA